AUGGCUUCCAGAUCAGAGAAGGAUCUCUGCUGUCCUGUCUGCCAUGACAUCUUUAAACAUCCUGUCCUCCUGUCAUGUAGCCACAGCCUCUGUAAAGUCUGUCUGCAGAGCUGGUGGAGAGAGAAACCAAUCCAACAGUGUCCAGUUUGUGAGAGAAUAACUUCAAAGAUGGAACCACCCUGUAACUUGGCGUUAAAGAACCUGUGUGAGAGCUUCCUGCAGGACAGAGAUCAGAGAGCUUCAGCAGGCUCUGAGGCUCUCUGCAGUCUGCACUCUGAGAAACUCAAACUCUUCUGUCUGGACCAUCAGCAGCCAGUGUGUCUCGUCUGCAGAGAUUCAGAAAAACACACCAACCACAGAUUCAAACCCAUCGAUGAAGCUGCACGACAACACAAGAAGGAACUUGAGGAAACUCUGGAGCUUUUAAAGAAGAAGUUAAAGGUUUGUGAAAAAGUUAAAGUGAAGUUUGAUCAAACAGCAGAACACAUUAAGGUCCGGGCCCGACACACAGAGAGGCAGAUUAAGGAGCAGUUUAAGAAGCUUCACCAGUUUCUAGAAGAGGAAGAGGAGGCCAGGAUGGCUGCUCUGAGGGAGGAAGAAGAGCAGAAGAGUCAGAUGAUGAAGGAGAAGAUGGAGGCUCUGAGCAGAGAGAUAGCAGCUCUUUCACACACAGUCAGAGCCACAGAGGAGGAGCUGAGAGCUGAAGACGUCUCAUUCCUGCACAACUACAAGGAUGCAGUGGAAAGAGUCCAGCGCUGCCCCCUGCUGGAUGAUCCACAGCUGCUCUCAGGAGCUCUGAUAGACCAGGCCAAACACCUGGGCAACCUGACCUUCAACAUCUGGAACAACAUGAAGGAGAUGGUCUCCUACACUCCUGUCAUUCUGGAUCCAAACACUGGUAAUCCACAACUCAUCCUGUCUGAAGAUCUGACCAGUCUGAGACGAGUUGAGAAACAGCAGCUUCCUGAUAAUCCAGAGAGGAUUAGAGACUACAUCUCUGUUCUGGGCUCUGAGGGCUUUGACUCAGGGACUCACAGCUGGGAUGUUGAGGUUGGAGACAGUAAACACUGGGAACUGGGUGUGUUAUCAGAGUCUGUCCAGAGGAAAGGACACUUACUGGUCUGGAUUAUGGACAAUAUGGUUCUAUCCACUGAUCCCUCAGUGAAGAAGCAGCUCCAGAGGAUCAGAGUGAGUCUGGACUGGAACAGAGGAAAGUUGUCGUUCUCUGAUGCUGAUACUAACACACACAUACACACCUUCACACACACUUUCACUCAAACACUGUUUCCAUUUAUGAGAGCUGUGGAUCAUCUACCAGUGAAGGGCAGCAGUGCUUUCUGGGGUGAAGAAGACCAGUUGUUCUGGAUCCGUGGGGACAUGGCUGUAGUUCCCAGACUUCUUUGUCCAGAUCCAGCAUUCCUGUGGUACACAGAUGUGCGUGACCUGUUGACCUUCAGUUCCCUGGAGGAGAUCUACCCUGAAGGCGAGGAGACACGUCUCCUGGCCGUCUGGGAAUCUGGUAGUCGACUGUUUGGUCCUGCGAGCCGGUUCCUGGAUGUGUUUCUCGGCCCUCUCUCCAAGCCGGAGCGGAGUAAAGUGCACGACGUGGGUUACAAAAUCCUUUUUCCUGCCACGUUCAGAGAUAAAGGCGCUUGCGGGGCUGGAGAGGGUCGGGGGUCGGGAGCUCCACGGAUUCCUUUGAGAGGUGAGAAGUUUGUCUCUUUAAUCAACACUGAGUUGUGUAAAAGGCCUGAAUCUGUGAGCUCAGCAUCAAAGCUACGUACGAGAGAGUUUAGUGGUGAUUUUAAACAGCUGUAUCAGACUGGCAACCGUCAGGAGACUGAAGGGAGGAUGAGUGUGUACCGAGGUUCAAAAGUGUGA